GUAUAAACCGUCGCAAUAGACCUUCAAUUGAUGAAAUUAUAUUAGGGCAGUGUUUGCCGGGAAAUGAAAAAUAAAAAUUUUAUUUACUUUCAACUUUCCCACCUUCACUUACUUUCUGAUUCAUUCACUCUUACUUCUCAAAAAACCCUAUUUCACAAACUAAAUUGUAAUUUCCUCUGAAACUGAAUUUGAUUUCCUCAUUCUUCUUUGCGAAUUUCGAUCUACUGUUCGUUGGUUGCUGCGGGCAGCCGUAAGUGGUCGUUGUUGCUGCUGUUGGGUCGUUGUUGCUACUGCUGUUGGACGGUUCUGUUGGGUCGUGGGACGGUGCUGUUGCGUCGUGGGUAGCUGCUGGUUGGUCGUGGGACGGUGCUGCCGCUGUCAUUCUAUCAAUUGCUGCUCUAUUGUUGGCCGUCCUGGAGGUUGUUCGCAUCGCUACUGCUGUUCAUCAGUUGCCUCAAUUUUUUGCUAUUUGUACAUUAAUUGGUUGAGAUGAAAGGGACUAAAAGGAAAGCUGUUGCACAACAAAGAGAAGCAAAUGAAUAUGAAAGGAAAAGAAUGAAGAACAUCAAGCAAAAUGCAGAAUUUAUGACAGCUAAAGGAUGUGGAACUGUGGCAGCAAAGAUUCUUCAAGCUAAUGCAAAAACUUUCUCAAAAGAUUUUAGAGAUGACACCUUAUCUCAUAGUGAUGAUGAAGACUACAUACCUAUUGAUUAUGAGGUUGAUAAUAAUGAGGAAAUAACUAGUUCAAAGUUUCCAAUGAAAAAAUCCACAAAGAAGCGAUCAUUUUCAAAGAGAGGGUGUAUGUCUGCCUUUUUAUCUCCUUCUUGCCAACAACAUGAACAACUCACGCAAGUAAAGGUUGCACAACAUAACAGACAAAAACAUCAAGAGGGUAUAGAACAAGAACAACAUCACCAAGAGCUUUCUGUGCAACAACCUUUGUUGCAGCAGCCUAUGCAACAACAAGGUAUGCAACCACAACACCCCAAGAAAAUGAACACCAAGUUUUGCCCACCAGGGGCAUUGUCUGACUAUCGUGAUCUUCGAAAGAAACAAAUGCAAAGAAAGGAUCUUGUAAAUGAAAUUAACAAUGCAAAUGAACUAAUCUUUUCGAGUGAGCAUCAACCUUCUCCCACAAAUGCAAACGAAGUUGGCUGUACUGUAGAUGAUAUUGAACCAAUACAUGAAGAACAUACAGAACAAGAAGCAGAAGAAAAUAGAAUUGUGGUUCAAGCUCCAAAAUAGAAGAAGCAUCGAGGUCCCACAAAGAUGCUUAUAGUGAAGUGAUAAAGAACCAGAGCAUAGUGGACGUGUGAGAAUGUAUGGAAAAGGUGUGACAAAAACUUCUCUAAGGAAAGUGAGCACUAACUCGAGCUACAUAUUUCCUCCCGAGUUAUUACAGAACAUGCAAUCGCAAGUUAUGGAUCAAGUACUUGAAGCUAAUCCCCAACUACAGAAACUACUUGAAGCCAAUCCCGAGGUCAAUAUUGUGCUUCCAGAUCUAUCAAAAAUAGGAAGUAAUACUACAACACCUACUGAGUCAAAUGGACAUUCUUCUGUUGGAGCGCACUCUAACAAUCGAUUAGCACUUGAUGGAGCUAAUGAAGAAGAGGAAUUAUAUCAAAGUUGAAGUUCUUUGUUGAUGUUGAAGUCCUUUUGCAAUGUUGCAUGUAUCAAAACCACUAAUUGAACUAAUUAGAG